AUUGAGUCGGUUUCUCUGCCAUUGGAAAACCAUGGUGCCCCUGUUGGUCAUAUUUCAGAGUCACUAUCUACCAAAUCAUGUGGCACACUGAGACCUGUCAAUGGAGUUGUUAGCACUCUUCAGCCUGUAUUGUCAGACCAUGUUCCAUGUGACAGCUCUGAUGCUGAGGAACAAUUACAUAAAAAGCAACGACUGAAUCUAGUUUCUUCAUCAUCUGAUGGUACCUGUGUAGCAGCCCGAACACGUCCUGUAUUGAGCUGCAAGAAACGAAGGCUUGUUCGACCGAACAGCAUCGUUCCUCUUUCCAAGAAGGUUCACCGGAAUAACACAGUCCGCUCUGGCUGUGAUGUGAAUCCUUCAUGUGCACUGUGUGGUUCAGGCGGUGUCAAUAACAUGUCUCCUGAAGUCCACUAUGAAGCCCCUCUGUUGGAGCGUCUUUCCCAGUUGGACUCUUGUGUUCAUCCUGUGCUAGCAUUUCCAGAUGAUGUUCCCACAGGCCUGCACUUCCAGAGCAUGCUGAAAUCUCAAUGGCAAAACAAGCCUUUUGACAAGAUUAGACCUCCUAAAAAGUUUGCGCUUAAGCACAGAGCACCCAUGCCAGGCAGUCUACCAGAGCCAGCCCGUAAAGACAGGCACAAGUUGGUCAACGCCUUCCUCACAACAGCCAAGCUGUCCCAUCACCAAACCAGACUUGACAGGACCCACAGGCAGCACUUAGACGAUGUGGGGGCUGUGCCUAUGGUGGAGCGAGUGACAGCGCCAAAAGCAGAGCGCUUGCUCAACCCACCACCACCCGUGCAUGACCCAAACCACAGCAAAAUGAGAUUGCGAGACCAUUCAUCUGAAAGAAGUGAAGUGUUGAAGCAUCACACAGAUACAAGCAGUUCAAGCUACUUGGCAACCACCCACCAUCCACCACACAGUCCCUUGGUGCGACAGCUUUCCACCUCAUCAGACACCUCUGCACCCACCAACUCUAGCUCACAGGUUACAGCCAGCACAUCUCAGCCAGUAAGGAGGAGAAGGGGAGAGAGCUCGUUUGAUAUUAAUAACAUUGUCAUCCCAAUGUCUGUUGCUGCAACAACCCGUGUAGAGAAACUACAGUACAAGGAAAUCCUUACUCCCAGCUGGCGGGAGGUUGAUCUUCAGUCUCUGAAGGGGAGUCCUGAUGAAGAAAAUGAGGAGGUCGAGGACCUAUCUGAUGCAGCCUUUGCUGCCCUACACGCCAAAUGUGAGGAGAUGGAGAGGGCACGGUGGCUGUGGACCACGAGUGUGCCACCCCAGCGGCGGGGCAGCAGGUCUUACAGGUCUUCAGAUGGCCGGACCACCCCCCAGCUGGGCAGUGCCAACCCCUCUACUCCACAGCCUGCCUCCCCUGAUGUCAGUAGUAGCCACUCUCUGUUAGAAUUCUCCCAUGGUCAGUCCCCUAGAAGUCCUAUUAGCCCAGAACUGCACUCAGCACCCCUCACCCCUGUGGCUCGGGACACUCUGCGACACUUAGCCAGUGAAGAUACCCGUUGUUCCACGCCAGAGCUGGGGCUGGAUGAACAGUCCGUCCAGCCAUGGGAGCGGCGGACCUUCCCCCUGGCAUACAGUCCCCAGGCAGAAUGUGAGGAUCAGCUGGAUGCACAGGAAAGGGCAGCCCGCUGCACUCGGCGCACCUCAGGCAGCAAGACUGGCCGGGAGAUGGAGGUGGCACCCACCUCACCUUCCAUUGUUCCCCUCAAGAGUCGGCAUUUGACGGCAACAGUCACAGCUCAGCGCCCAACUCACAGAUGAGUGGGAGAUGAGAAUCUAAACAGACUCACUUCUAUUGGCAUUAAAGCUUCAGAAAUCUCUGCGUUUGAUAUUCAAACAUCAUAUGCCAGAAAUUUUCACAGUUUUUAGUGAAUUUAAGGAAUUUAGACCCUCCUUUGGUUUUUUCUCUUUUUCUUCGUUUUGGUUUUUGUUUUGUUUUUGCUUUCAUGUUUUCUUGUCACACACCUGAGCACUUCCUCCAGUUGGCAGACAGAAGUUCAAGAUAAGACCCUGCUGGUCUGAUCCUAGCACAUCCUCUGCACUGUUUAAUCACUGGACUUCCCAAUAUUAAGACGAUCACCCUCUCCCUUACACCUGUAGGCAGGGUGGAUCAGCCAAAUGGGCAGGGGGGUGGAAAGCUCCAGUUUAGCAUGGUCUUUCUACAUUAGGGUAGGAUAGAGCAAGGUCCUCUGUGCUGGAGCACCCCACUAGAGCCUCUUCACCAUCCAUAACUGCCAGCUGCUCUCACUGAGCUCUCAGCUGGCAAAAUGGCUUCCUUUGUCAUCCAGAUCUUGAAGACCUAUUUUCAGUUUCAUCUGCAUUUGGUGAUCUGUGUCUUGGCUCCUUACAGCAGUAACCCACUGCAGCUGCUCAGGUUCCCCCGUCCUGCCCCUCCUACCCUUCCCUGUCUGCCACCCAUGCCAUGCACACAUCAGACCUUGCACUCAGAACAUAGUUAGCACCCAGCCUGGUCUAUAAAGAUAGGGUUAGGACUGCUUAACCUCUAUCACCACUUCCCUGCAAAUUAGGGGUUUGGGGAAAGUGAGCACCAUCUCCCCAGGAUCAUUUUGUUUUCACUGACUGGUUCACUUUGCCAUGUUUUCUUCACCUCCCAUUCCCUGCCAGUGUCAGUUACUCUUCCUCUCUUUCCUGCUCUCCUUGCCUGUGGAACAGUGUCUGGUCCUAGCUGUGGUUUCCAUCACUCCCCAUUACCCUCCUGUGUUAACCUUGUGCCUGUCUCAUGUAUAGUCACAUCACCAAAAAGGGGGAGGGGGGGAAAGGACUUUUUUUUUUCCUGCCAUUUUAUAAUCGUAUAAAAAAUAGUAGACAAACUGCUUAAUGGUUGGGGUUUUUUCACAAUUUUCAACAUUAGUGAUUUUUUUGGGGGGGGGGUUCUGUUUGCAAGUUGAAAGGUUUGUCAUUGUUUCUUUAAACAACAAUAAUGCACCAUAUCCCUAUGCAUAAAGUGCUUCUUCUAUUUAUAAGGUUGAAAAUUCUGAAUAACCCUUUUAGCAUUGUAAAAAAAAAAAAAUUAAAAAAAAACUUGUAUUUUGUAAAUAUUUUCUUUUCCUGCUUUGAGCUGUGUAAUGGCAGCGAAACACGUAGCUGUCUUUGGUCUAUAGAAAUGCUUUUCUUCAGAGAAGCUGAUCUUUGUUAAUGUCUUGAUUCUGUUCGCAAAGCACAGACUAGUGCUUAAAAAAAAAGGAAGGAAAAAUGAAAAAAAUAAUAAAAAAAAAGAGUUACAGAACUUGUGUGUCAGGCCUUUCUUGACAUGCUAUACUUGGGUGUUUGUGGAAGUGAUGGCAGCUUCAGAGCCAGCGUGGGUUCUGUGACUUGCUCUGCACCCUGGGAGUUCUUCACUUUGUCCUUGAGGAGCAUGGUAAGGUCAUGUGGUAGUUGCAACAAGAAAGGAGGUGGUAGUUUUCACUAAGGUGAGGGGUGCCAGAAGAAGAAGGGCUACACAGAUCAUCUGCUGUUUCUUCUUGUUGAUUUGAAAAUGAGUCAUUGCCUCUCUUUGUUCCUGUCUCUAGUGAGGCUAGCAAUGCAACAUUUUGUACCUAUUCUAAAUCUUUCAUGGAGAUUUUUUACUUUUUACUUUUCACUAUUGAACUUUUCUGGAAUUGGGGUUAAUAAGAAUUAUAUAAUUUGCAUAGCACUUGGGUUCUUCCCAGCCACCUGAGAGAUCAGUGUCUUCUGAAGAGGCUAACAGGCCCGAUUUCCAACAGAUGAACAAUUAGGUGGAGCUGGGGAGGCUGCCAUGAUGGCAGUUUGAGAGCAUUUCUCUUUGACCUGCUGUUGCAGUUAAGAUCUCAACUGAGCUGACAGGCUCAAAUGGUAGAGCACCUGCCUAGCCUCUGUGAGGCCCUCAGUUCAAACCUCAGUAACUGCCUCUCCUCGCAAAAAAAACUGUGAAAAUCUGAGUCAGGAUUGUGACCUUGAC